UGUGAAUGUAUUAAAGUUUUUAUUGAUUCUUAAAUGGAUCCACACAACAUUUCACAGUAAGCAUGAUUUUUAAAAUUACAAUUGAGGUCGCAGAUGCAGCAUUUACUUUUCACAAAACGGGUUAAUAAAAUACGCAAUAUUAUAUUUUAGUAAAAGAGUGGGGAUUUCGGCCUAAUGUUGACAUGUUGUUAUAGGCGCAAUACCUUUACAAUGUAGAAUUGUAGUUGUUACUGGUGUUGCCGUGUUGGACCAGCAAUCUAAAUUGUGUUUGUAAGAGCUUUUCUCUACACCUUGUAUCGACGCCCCCGACACGUUAUUAAGUUAUUUCUCACCAGACUCUUGCCUGUCGUCCAUUUGAUAUUGAUUAUUUGCGACUUUCAGAAAGGAAGGAUGUAUAACUUCCAUUUCUGGAACAUUAGGACCUAUAUGUUCCAACUACAUAAACAAGUGUUAAUCAAAAGCUACUUGUGUUGAAAAGAAAAAUAGUUCAGUUCUUAAAAGUGUAUUCCCUAGUAGAAAAUGUACAACUGCAAUUUGACACCAAAUCUCUGUAGCUUGCAUGUAGUUUGAUCAUAUGGCAUUGCCAAAUCUUGUGUGCAGCAACUAUGAUAUUUUCCUUACUCGCGAUUGCUUAGCAUAUUCAAAGGUCAAGCCUGCUGUGAACCAAAUUGAGACAUCCCCCUACUUCCAGCGCAAUUCGCUGAUCAAGUUCUGUCAAAAACACGGAAUCUGCGUUACGGCCCACACGCCUCUCAGUGGUGCUCUGGCUAACACUGAACUGUUUGGUUCAGUGUCGUGCCUUACAGACCCCGUCCUCAAAGGCAUAGCAGAGAAGUAUGAAAGAACAGUCGCUCAGGUUGUGUUGCGUUGGGGAAUCCAGAGAAACACUGUUCUGAUACCAAAGUCGUCAAAUCUUGCAAGACUUCAAGAAAAUAUAAAUGUUUUUGGGUUUGAUCUUAGUGAAGAGGACAUGGAACUGAUCAAGAGCAUAGACAGAAACUCUAGGACCAAUCAAUUGGAGAAAAUCUGGGGCAUAGAUCUGUUUGCGUGAGGCUUACUUGGUAGUGUCCCUCUUAUGAGUCUCAGUUUUGCAAUGCCUUAUGAAAUGGGAAAGCCAAUGCACUAAUUAUAAAUAAACCUCAACACCCCCAAUACCAUUUCUUUUGCAUGUAGACUUCAAUGCCAUUUCUUUUUUACAUUAAACUUUAAACUAUGAUAUCAUACGUUUGGGUGGGUUCAAGACUUCAAUGCUUCUUUAGCACCUUUCCUUUAUGUUUUUACUCCAGUUCACAAGUACUAUCAUAUACUAUGUAUGGUUGGAUUGUUUGCAACAGUUUCUAUGCUCGGAAUUAAAGAAAAGUCAUUGAUCACAUUCACUAAGCCCUGCAUAUUUAGGGUAGAUAUAAGUUGGUAAACUGCCU